AUGACUGAAGGGAUUAAAACCGGAGAGUGUCCUCCUUUCCUGCGCGUCUCCUCCAGAAUCCCCGUCAGUCAGCCAGUCAGUCAAAAUCACACUGCCACACUGACGGAGAUGUGUGGUGGUGGUGGUGGUGGUUGGGUUGGUGGCAGGAUAGGGGACAGACCAAAUGUCAGGGAAUUAAGAUUUUCACCACAUCAAGGUAACCAGGAAGUGGAGGACCUGGACUUCGAUGACGCAGAGUUGUUGGCCACUCUGGAGGCCCAGGAGGAGGGGGGGAGGGCUCAGGGCGGUCCUGUUGGAGACAGUGGCUACGGGACGCUCAGUGAGACCUACAUUCAGUCCUCCAGGAGCUCCUCAGUCAGGAGCCACGCCUCGACAGCCUCGUCCAGAAGUGGUUUGAACCAGAGCAACAGAGGUGGUUCAGUCCAAGGUCGUCGCCAGGGUAACGAACACGAGGACUUUGACCUUUCAAAUCAACCAGAGAUCCCAGCUCACAACAUGCCAGAUGAAGACUUUCCCGACGAAGACUUUGACGAUCUUCCUCUGGAUGAGUUGGACGGUAUGAUUUUUCAAGAGAGUACAAACAUUACUGCGCAGUCUGCCAUCAGUCACAGGAGCACGCCACAGAACAACAACAACAUACAAACAGGAAAUCCUAACAGAGCAACAAACGCCCAAACUGCUCCGUACGAUCAGCACACUUUGAAUGACUCUGAUUCACAAAUUGGAUCAAACAACUCCAGGUCCAACACACAGAAAAAAGACUAUCAAGGCUUUGCUAAAAGAGCAGCAGCUUUCGAAUCAGAUUGUGUUGCUGACGAUGAAAGUGAUUUCAUGGAUGAAGAAAUGGAUUGCUUUCUUGCAGAGUUAGAUACUGGGAGGUUAAAUCAGCUCCCUGUCCAUCAAGGACCUAGCAAACAAAGAGAGAGCUCUACCAACAAAACAGACACUGCAGGCUCCAGCUGUAGGAUUACCAGCGCGUCAUCAAGAAGUGUAAAAGAGUCUGCAUUUGAGAGCUCACAUAACACACCUCAAGUGCAAAAUAACAGCUCAACCACUGCAGUAAUUGAUAGACUAUCUGCUCGAACAGAACCUCAGAGUAAUUCCUCAGCUCCUGCUCUCUCGCUGACCUCUCCACCUUUUACAUAUUUGUCUCUUCUUGAAGAGAUGAUGUCCCAACCUCAACAUCCCCCCACAGAGAUCCGAGUCAAGGCUUUCAUUGUGACUCUCUUGGGAAAACUGAGCAGCACCAACGGUUUUUGGCGCGUCUGUGCCACAAUAUCCGACGGAACAGGGUACAUGGACGUGGAACUGUCCAACGAGGUUUUGACGGGCCUGCUGGGCUUCUCGGUGGCGGAGAAGGGGGCUCUGAAGCGUGACCCAGCCCGGAGAGGGGAGCUGGACCACGGAAUGAGGAGGUGUCAGGAGGAGCUGGUGGACAUGUGCAGUGUUAUGACCAUCGUGCUCGGGCCAGACGGAGGAAAAGCUGUCGUGACCAGGGCCGACCCCGUCAACGAGAAGGUGGUCCAUCAGCUGGAGCAGAGGGAUUGGUAUUCAACCUGCCCUUCUGCUGCGGAUUUGGAGAGCAGGAUGUGUGAACUGGAUGUCUGACGAUCAGCAUCCAUCGUGUUGCAAUGCAUCCAUCUGCUAUAUGUAAAUGUAACAUCCUGUCAUUUGUCAGUAGAUGGUUUCAUUUAUCUAUUUAAAGAUCUGGCACGGCAUCACUCCCAAAGAUAACCGAUACAUAAUAUCUACACUAAAUGUUAAUGAUCGGUUGUAAACAUAUUAGUUGAAACUCCCUAAUUGUAUUUAAACUAUAACUAUGUGAGGAGGAGAGCGGAGCAAGUGAGAGGAGAGAAGGGAGCGGGGGGAGAAAAUAAGUCAUGUUCUGAUUGCUGUAAUGAAUUUCUAGCCUUUGCAUCCAUUCAGUACAUUCAUUACUUCUGACUGAAAAAUGAUUGAAUAUCCAAGGGCAGCACGGGUCUUCAAUAAAGCCCACCGGAGGAGAAAGAGAGGAAAGGGAGAUAAUAAGGAGAGACCAUGAGCUUCAAUGAUAUGUGUUUAUUGUAGAGCAUUAUGUAUAUAUAUCGCACAAAUGUGAUAUCCUGCCUGUUUUAACUGUAUAUUGAUAUAAAUUGUUCUGAAGGUUUUAUAAUUUUAUUUUACACUGACUAA